AUGUCACCUAGGACCUACGUGUACAAGCAGGUUGACGGUGUCGAUAUUUCUUUCAAUCUUUACUUGCCGAUUCUGCCCUCAAAACCAAAGCAUGAAUUUGUACAGAUCCAACAAAUCAGCCAUCAUACUGUCAUUCACGACGUUCCCGUAGUAGUAUACUUCCAUGGAGGUGGAAUGACCGUUGGAACGCGGAAGAGCUGGUUUCCAAUUUGGCUCCACUUGCGUCUGGCUUCGGCCGGUGUCGCUUUCAUAUCUGCUGACUACAGGCUCAUGCCCCCCUCGAACGGACAUGACAUCGUCUCUGAUAUCGUCGUCCUGUUCGAAUUUCUCCGAACCUCGCUCAACCCACGACUUCAGGACGAAACUUUGUUGCUUCGAAUAGACCCCACUCGUAUUGCAGUUGCCGGAUCAAGUGCUGGAGGGCUAUGCGCGUACUUGGCCGCUGCUCACGCAGCUCCCAAACCUAUAGCCGUUCUUUCAAUGUACGGUCUAGGGGGGUCAUUCAUGGUGCGUCAUUGGACCUCGAGCCAUUUUCACACACUUCAUUGUCUUCUCAACGCACCAGACGCCACAUUACCUCACACCCAAACUCACACCUUUCUUCCGUAA